AUGUUGAGGCAUUUCAUGCGGAUUGAUAUCGACAACGAUCUGCUAACGGCAAUGGUAGAAAGAUGGCGCCCCGAAGUGCAUGCCUUCCACUUUCCCGAGGGGGAAAUGACGAUCACCCUCAUAGAUGUUGCCCUCCUCACCGGGCUGCCGGUCACUGGAGAGGCCAUCAUCGGCAACCCAAGUAAACCCGAAGGUGGUUGGGGGCCGUUGAUUCUCGAGCAUUUGGGGUUCAACAUGCCGACCACAACACCCGUUCAAGGGGUUGGGCAUCCACCGCUCAAUGCGGGGCAAGUUUCAAUCCCGUGGCUUGUUGAACACAUCCAACAGGAAGUUAAUUUAGGGCCAGACACCCCCAAAGAUCAGGUGGAGCGAUAUGCACGCGUCUACCUCAUUGGAUUGGUUGGUGGAUUUCUGUUCCCCGACAAGGCAAACUGGUGGAUUCAAGGCAUGUGGGAGCGAAACAAGCUGGAGGUGCGAUGUUCAUACUCAAACUCUAGGCAUGGGAGCAUCUUCCAGUGUUCGCUCCCCGAGACCCGCGGGAAUUUUGGGGUCCAGAUGAUGAGCUACACUUUCUAG